AUGAGCGUCAGAGUGGUCGCCCGCAUUCGGCCUCUUCUCAAGUCGGAAUUGGAAAAGGACCAGAUUGUAACGAGCCACCACCACCACGGCUCAGACGGCGCACCCACCGUGAUCAAGAUUCCCAACCCAAAGAACCUGGCCGAAGAGUUCAGCUUCCAAUUCAACAGCGUGUAUGAGCAGAGCGCCACGCAACAGGAGAUAUACGAAGCCGAAGUCGCCCCGACAGUCAAACACCUCUUCCUUGGCUACGAUGUCACCAUAUUCGCCUAUGGCUCGACCGGGACGGGCAAAACCCAUACUAUGCGCGGCGGAAAGUCACUCGCCGACCGAGGAAUGAUCCCCCGCCUGCUCAGCAGCAUCUAUAGGAAGAGUCGAGCCAUCGAGAAGAGCAGUGAAGGGGACACCACCGUGGCAGUGUCGAUGAGCUACUACGAGAUCUACAAUGACCGGGUCUUUGACUUGUUCGAGGCGCCUGAGAAGAGAACCGCCACCGGGCUGCCCAUCCGGGAAGCCGAAGGUGGCAAGACUGUGGUGGUUGGACUGACAGAAGUGCCCUGCCGAUCGUUGAAAGACUUUGAGGCUCUCUAUGACAAGGCCAACGCCAACCGCAGCACGGGUGCGACCAAGCUCAACUCCCACUCGUCCCGGUCGCAUGCCAUUCUGUGCGUCAAGCUCACCAUAACAAGCCCAACCGAGACCAGAGUCAGCACGGCUUCCGCCAUCGACCUUGCCGGGUCCGAGGACAAUCGAAGAACAGGAAAUGGAAAGGACAGAAUGGUGGAAUCUGCAAGCAUCAACAAGUCGUUGUUUGUCCUGGCGCAGUGUGUGGAGGCCAUCAGCAAGAAACACCAGCGGAUUCCGUACCGAGAGUCAAAGAUGACGAGAAUCCUGUCGCUGGGCCAGAACAAUGGGUUUACGGUCAUGAUCCUCAAUCUGGCUCCGGUCAAGUCAUACCAUCUCGACACGCUCAGCUCUUUGAACUUUGCCAACCGAACCAAACGAAUCGAGGUUCGGGAGGUGGAAAACGAACCUAUCUUCAAAGGGCCAUCGCGCCCGGUGACAGGAGCAGCCCUGACUGGAGCAACAACGCAACGCCAGCCGUUGCGUCCUCUGAACAAUGGUGUCAAUGUCAAUCUCACUGCGACCCGCGAGGCGUCCACCAAAAAUGAGAAACCGGCCAAGGCGUUUGCUGUGUAUUCAGACCGCAGCAAACCUACCAAUCAUCAAAAGUCGUCACCGUUAAAGCGCACUGCAGACAACUCCUUUCUUGGAUCCGGCCGUCCAAGUAAGAUCUCUCGCCCGACUCCGAGCUUUAUCCGCCGUGGGCCAGAGCCCUCCACGUUGACCAAAGCUUCGAUUGAGACGCUGGUAGAGCAGAAAGUGUCGGAGAUUCUUGCUGCUCAUACGCUAAAUGCUCCUGAUCCUGCUCCGGCAAAGAAUGUCUCCGAGGAAGUGCAACGACGUCUAGACAGUAUCGAGAAGAGACUAGAGGGGCAGGAUGGAGAACGAGCGGAAGGACUCAGUUAUUUAUUUAUGGCCAAACAGCACCAGGCACGCGGCGAGGACGGCAGUGCAUUGAAGAUGUAUGAGCUCGCACGACCUUAUUUUCCCGACAACGAGAAACUACAGAGCAAAAUUGAACGGCUGAAAGAGAAGUUGGCGCGGACUAGGGCAGAGAGUGAGGCUAUGCCUCCUGAAAAACCGAGUUCGUCCAGGACGCAUGGCAAGGAAUGUCGCCACGAGAAUGACGGCGACGACGAGAGUUUCCAUGACGACGGCGAGGAGUCGGCGUAUCAUGACAGCGACGAAGACGGGCCUUCUCAUCGGGCUCGGCCUAGGAAACAGAGACAACAACAGAGGCGGAAAGCAAGAGCUUCGUCGCCGGAUCCGCUGGCGCAACGGGGAUUGGCCGGGGGAGAUACAGAUGUAGAGGCAGAGGCGCAGCCGGGGACGGGCACAGGCACUGGCACGCUCACGCCGCGGACGCAGCACCUUCUCGACGUGAUCAACACACGCGAUGUCUCGAGAAUCAAGACUUUGAGCGGGCUAGGGGCGAAACGUGCCGAGGGGAUUGUCGAGUAUCUGAAUUUGGCAGCCGAAGCCGAGUGUGACACUGACGGGACGGUCGGGAAUGUCGUGCUGAGGAGCUGGGCCGACCUGACCAGACUACGCGGGGUGGGCAAGAAGACGCUGGAGACGAUGAGAGAGGGUGUUGUUGUGUGA